AUGGAUGAUUAAAUUAUACCUAAUUGUGCAAUAAAAGAAAAAAAUAUUGAUAAAUUGUUUAAACUAAUACCAGACUGAUUACCUGAAGAAAUUAAAUAUGCUCUUAAAUAAUCUGUAGAAAUUUAUCCAUCGAAGAAGCAGAUUUAGAUAAGCUUUAAGAAUAUAUCUAUAAUGUUCAUUCGAAUGACCUAAAUAUCUAAUAUUAAGGGCUAAACAGAUGUCGAAAACUAAUGAAUAAUCCUCAAUUAACAUUUCCAAGAGAUUAACUAAUUGAAAUUUUACCUCAAAACAAUUUUUAAAUAACAAUCUUUCAAAUAGCCAUAAACAGUAAGGUUUAAUUGUUGUAAUAUGAGACACUUUGGAUAAUUUAUAAUAUUGUGUGUGUUACAUAAUAAGAAAUGUGA